CAUUCUUUGACCGUUGUUCAUUCCACGUCAUGAUGUCCACCAUGCUGCUACUUCUGGUCACUCUGUCCUGCCUGGCGGCCGUGAAGGCUCAGGCAACACCUUGUUGCAUGGCCGCUAAAUGGUCAGCCACGAUGUCGGACGUUCAAGCUAUCGCCAAUGGAAAUGAUAUAUCGUCUGACUACUACUACGACGCCGACAACAUGGCCACCGCCAUCCAGUACUAUGAGUUCGGAACGCCCCAACGUGUGUUGCGGAACAGGGUUGUUACAUCAUACUCCAAGGGUAUACGCUACAACAUUGACGCUGACGGCACAUGUACAAAGGAGGACAUCACAGAUACGAUGAUCCCAAACUGCAUCCCAAACACAGCUACAUACCUAGGCUCCAACUAUGUCGGUACCGAGGCAACUGGGCUCAAAUAUGACGGCUGGUUGAUACCACUGGGUAGCCUCAACCUCACCGUCAGCUUCACCAACCCCGACUGCAUCCCAAUCAUCGAGGGGGUCGUUGGCACAGUAUCAUCAUCUCCAGUAAAUCUAGUGCUAUUCUUCAACGGAUACAAGGCCGGCAUUACCAAUCCUGCAGCCUUCGACGUCCCAGUUUCCUGUUAGUACCACGGGAACUACAUUUAUCACAGUUCACCCUUUAUCGUUAUCACUGUCCAUUUAAUUUUCACAACUUUAGUAAAGCACAUUUCAUGCAGAUUGGAACAGAGAUGAAUAUGUAUCUGUGACAAUAAAUAAUCUUUAGCGUUU